AUGAACUAUACUAUCAUGUAUUUGCAAGAUAAUAGAUUAUAUCCCUCUCACUAUGUCUUUGCACCUAGAAUGUUUAAUAAUUCUUUAUACAAAAGUAGCAGAACAGAACUUAAGCUUAUGACAGAUAUAGAUGAGUAUCUGAUAGUUGAAAAUAGAAUCCAUAGAGAAAUGACAAUAGCAAAUAAGGAUAUAAAUACUUUAUAUUUAGAAGUAAUAACCCAAUACAUGUCUACAGAAAUUUUGAAUAAAGUGAGUCCAGAAGAAAUACUAGAUAUUCAAAGUAUCAUGCUUGAUACAGAAAUAGGCUAUAUACUUGAAGUUGAUUUAAAAGUCUUAGUAUACUUGCAUGAUUACUUUACAGAUUAUCCAUUAGUACCAGAAAAGCAAAUAGUUCUAGAAGACUAG